AGAUCGCACGCGCACUCAUAUACACCGGAACGAGCACACAUUGGCGCACGGCCAACAGCGAAUUCGUUCGCCGGCUCUCAACAGGAACGCGUCGUCGCCGACAUACACAGCGUGAGCGCCAACCUAACCGAGGGGGAACACCAUACAUAUAUAUAGAUAUAUACCGUUAUUAAUUCUACGGUCGUGGGCGAGUCGUUCGUAGAAAUGGCCGGGGAAAAGCGCAGCCAAGAUCAGGACGAGACCGCGAGGACGGUGCUCGUCGACAUCGAGGGCACCACCACGAGCAUCAGCUUCGUGAAGGAUACCCUGUUUCCCUACGUGCGCCAGAAUUUGAAAGAUUACAUUGAGUCCAAAUGGGAGGAUGAGGAGUUCAAGCAAGACUAUGAAAAAUUAAAGGAACAGGCAAAAAAGGAUGAGGAAGAUAAAUUAGAUGGUUUUGUAGCGAUUACUGGUGAUAAGCCUGAAGAUGAAAAAGAUUCGCUCUUGAAAAAUGUUCUGUGGCAAAUGGAUAACGAUCGUAAGACAGGGGCAUUAAAGCAAUUGCAAGGACAUAUGUGGCGUGAAGCAUAUAAAACAGGCGCAGUUAAAGCUCAUAUUUAUGAAGAUGUUCCUAAAGCACUUGAAUCUUGGAAAAAUGAUGGCAGAAAAAUAUAUGUCUACUCAAGUGGCAGUGUUGAAGCACAGAAACUUCUUUUUGGGCAUUCUGUAUGUGGCGAUCUGCUUAAGUAUUUCAGUGGUUUCUUUGAUACAGAAGUAGGUGCCAAGCAAGAAAGUGAUAGUUACAAAAACAUAUUGAGCAAAAUUGACGAGGAAUCAUCUAAUGUUAUUUUUCUCACUGAUAUUGUAAAAGAAGCUGCAGCUGCCAAGGAAGCAGGUUUAUCAACGGUUAUUGUAAUACGUGAGGGUAAUGCAGCUCUUAAUGAUGAAGAAAAAGUUACAUAUACAACUAUCAAGUCCUUCUUGGAUUUAACAUUUCAAACAUCUGCAAAACGACAGAAAUUAGAAACAGCAAAUGAAAAAGUUGACGAAAAUACAACUGAUGUCAGUGAACCAAUGGAUACUUCUGAAGAUGUUGACAUGCCUAAUAUUAAUGAUCAAAAAGUUGAAAAAAACGAAACCGAGAAAGAAGUGAUUGAAUCAGAAGGAACAGAAUGUCUAAAAAAUCAAUUAUCACAAGAUUCUUCAAUUUCUUUGCCGCAAAAGGAUGAAGUAAUGGUGAUUGAAAAAGAUUCUUUAAAUUCUGAACAAGAAACUCCAAUUGCAGAAUCAGUAGAAUCUGAUGUCAAAUCUAAAGACAUAAAUGAAGAUACAAGUACGUCUGGAAAUGCAGAACAAACUAUGAAAGAUGAUACUACAAUCCCAGCCACAAAAAAUAAUGAUCAAAUUGCUACAACAGAAAAGACUGAAAAAAAUGUAGAUACAUUAACAACUGAAAUUAUUCCCACUGCCAGUAAAUCCACAGAUGUAUCCAAUUCAGAAGCUAUAUCAAAAUCUGAAAAUGUUCCGACGUCUUCCGAAAAUAAAAUCAAAGACUCAACAGAUAUUGCAACAAAUAUACAAGUUGAACUUGCUGAAAAAACUCAAACGACUGAGAGUGACAAAAAAGACGAUAUUGAACUGCAAUCACAAAGUGACAAAAUAGCAGACAAACCUGAGGAAUGCUUAACAGCAGAAAAAGAUGAAGUAAAGAAAGAAUCAAAGAUUGUUCCCACAUCUGAAAGCGAAAAUGUUUUAGCAAAAAAUGAACAAAAAGAAAUGAAAAAUGUAGAAUCGACCGCAGUAGAUUUUACGGAAAAUGGGGAGACUAUAGAGACAGCUGUGGAAAAAACUAUAGUAACAGAAACGAAAGCAACAACUAGUACGACAGAUGUAAAGAAAGAAGAUGUAACAACGUCGAUUGAAACAUCUGCAGAGAAAAGUUUGGAAGCAGUCGCAAAAACUGAAAAAAUCGAUGAAAAGACAUCUCAAGAAACGGAGGAAACAGUCACUGACGCUGAUAAACGCGAGGAUGAAACUACGAAACAGGAGAUAACAAAAGAAGAAGAAAUAGUGAAAGAAGAGGAUAUAGUGGAUACAAAGGACAAAAAUAUAGUGGAUUCAGAAAAGCAAAAACUCAAUGGAACCGCGCAAAACGGAAAUGCCAGUACGGAUGUGCCAGUGUUGGAUGAUAAAUUACACAGUAACGGACUGAACGAAGGACCGUCGAAGGAGACGAGCGAAGAUGCGGCAGCACAAAACGGUGAGCCCGAGAGUUCGUCGGAAAAUAGUGCGGAGUCCAUAAAAGUUAAAAAGGUCGACGGUAGCGGAGAACCCGACGUUGUUCCUCCUGUAGUUGUAGCGGCGACGUCUUAACUUUGUUCUUAUAUACAGUUUAAGAGUCCUACAUGCAUAACCCUAAUCCACAAGUACUUAUUCACAGGUAUAAACUGAUAUAAAUUGAUUCUAUAUACUUUACGUAAAUUGUACUACGCGUCUGAAACGUGACGCGCUAUUUUACAAUGCAGUUCGUAAACUAUAUCAUUUCUUUCGGCGAUUAUAAUGAUAAAAUAGCGGGAUAUGAUUGCUCGUUAAACAUAUUACGAUAGUUGUAUAUUUUACUUUUCGUGAUGAAGGCCAACUUCUAUUUAUAUGAUCUACAUCGUUAACGUUUUAUGUUAACUCGUAUAUAUGCUGACUGAUGCCUAUAUCGCGGAAAUCGGCUUCUAUCGGUUUUUUUUCAUGUUUGCUUUCCCUAAUAACAAUCUACUUUUAAUUAUUGUGACAAUUAUAUGAGGGAAGGCUUGACGUGACAUACAUAUUAUGAUUAAACUUGCGAAACUUUCUUAGCUGUAAUUUCGCACGUGAUCGGUCUAGAAGUAAUCGAACGUGUCGUCCACUGUAAUCGAUUACUACGUGUUUUUGAACGUUUUUUUCCCCCAAUACUCUACUAUUAAUAUUUACAUAACAUGUGUAUUGACUUGUCUUUUUUAUAUCGCCUAAACAGAGAAUUAAGAUCAUACGUGAAAAAAUGAUAGGGUAGAUAAUUCCAAUAUAGUUGCAGUAUGUUAAAAUGUCGAUUGUAUCUGUGCCAAAUGAAUUUAACGAUUUGAA